CGCCAGGCCACCGGCGGAACACAUAAACAGCCCCUCCCCUCCCCGCUCUCCUCUACGGAUGCUGCAGUGAGUUGAACGCGCCUGCGCACAUUCGAUCCUCUUUUUUUCUUGGAAGCAGCCCAGAAGCAUCGCAUCAUGUCAGAUCCCGAUCUUGACUUCACGUCUGGCGAGUCUGGCGCCUCCGCCACCUACCCCAUGCAGUGCUCUGCUCUGCGCAAGAACGGCUAUGUGGUGCUCAAGGGACGUCCCUGCAAGAUUGUGGAGAUGUCCACCUCCAAGACCGGCAAGCACGGACACGCUAAGGUUAACCUGACUGGCAUCGACAUCUUCACCCAGAAGAAGUACGAAGACAUGUGUCCCUCCACCCACAACAUGGAUGUCCCAGCCAUUAAGCGGCUAGACUAUCAGUUGCUCAACAUCACCGAGGGCUUCAUGUGCUUGAUGAACGACAGCGGCGAGCUCAGGGAGGAUCUGCGUGUUCCAGAUAAUGACCUGGGCAAGGAAAUCGAGUUGAAGUUUGAGCAGGGUGAAGAGUUUGUGGUCACCGUGAUGUCCGCCAUGGGGGAGGAGUCUGCUGUGGCUACCAAAGUCCAGGCCAUCAAAUAAGGAGAUGGACUUUGCAGCCCCCUGCAACAAGCACCGCCCACAACCAGUCUCUUGCAUUCUCAUUGGUUCUGUCACCAAAGCGUCGGCCUCCACCGAACAUCAAUCAUUGUUUUCAUUUCAUUAUCUCUCCUUUUUAAUUUCUCCAUUUGCUGUCGGGAAUGUUUCGGUGCAGCUCGCUGCCUGAUCACUCACUUUUUGUUGGUAACAAAAUUGACUUUAUAUAAAACGACUUCAAAAAAUAAUGAUCAGCUGCUCAUUCCUGCUUUAUUUUUGCCUUGAAAGUGUUGCUCACAUUCCUGAAUGUUGACAUAACGGAUUCAGCUUUUGUAUCAUUUUUAAACAUUAGAUUUAAAGCUUCUUAGGGAGGAGCAAAUUAAAUGGGGGUGUUGUCCCAGUAGAUAGUAGCUACCGGUUCUGGAUGCCCCUCUCGCGGCCCUGCUUUCUGGUCUCAGUCAAGCGUCUUCGUCGCUGAGAUGUUGGCGCAGGCGAGCACGUGAGGCCCACCCCAGCGUGACAAACAUCCAACAGAAGUGUUGUUUUUUUAUUUUACUGUCUGCUUAGACAUGUGAUUUAGCCUCAGAACGACAUGAGGGUCCCGUGCGCUCACCUUUAACCCAUGGAGGCAUAUGAGGCCCCGCCCCUCUGCCCGCAGCCAUCCUUCCAGUACUAAACGAGUGCUUUUUUUGUUUCAAUUUUUUAAGGGCGUUGCAAGUGUGGAAAAGCAUUGUGAGCUUCCAAAAAUGUGGGAGGCAGUUUGCAGUGAGCUUUCAGUUUGAGGAACUCAAUCUGGUUGGGGGAGGGUGGCAGGCGCAAACUUUUUGUUCACUCGAGGCCUUUUGUCACCUGACUGGAGAUGGCUGAAAUAAAACGUUAUAACAAAUUGA